AUGAAGUUGCAGCUCGCGUGCUUGCUGGCCCUCUACGGCUGGGCGUUCUCCACCGCCGCUGCCGGCGGCAGUGACCCGGUGGAGGAGAGGUACGAGCGGUGGCUGGCUCGGUACGGGAGGAGCUACGGCGACCCCCGAGAGAAGGAGAGGCGUUUCCAGAUCUACAGCUCCAAUGUCGCUCUCGUCGACGUCGUCAACUCCAUGGGGCUCUCGUACAAUCUCACGGACAGCAAGUUCGCCGACAUGACCAACGAGGAGUUCAGGGCCAAGCAUCUGUGCCUGCUUUCUCAGCCCCCGCCGGUCGCUGCCGCACCGUCUACGGCAGCCGCCGAAGGACCUUGCGGUUCGGCGGAGGGAGAUGAGUGGGGGUCAUAUGGCUGCCCGAAGCCGCUCAGGCCCGGUCUUCCCGUCAGCGUGGACUGGAGGAAGAGGGGGGCAGUCACUCCCGUGAAGAACCAGGGUCAAUGCGGUAGCCAACUACAACUCGAACCGAAUCGUUUGACAUUUUGAAAGACCGAACUGGCAGGGCGCCCGUUGACUCGCCUCUUUUGACCCAGGAUCUUGCUGGGCCUUCUCGGCGGUGGCGGCGGUGGAGGGCAUCACCCAGAUCAAGACGGGCAAGUUGGUGCCCCUCUCCGAGAAGCAGCUCGUCGACUGCGACGUCAAUGACGGCAACCAGGGCUGCAAAGGCGGCCUCAUGACGCUGGCCUUCCAAUAUAUUCGGAGAAACGGCGGGCUCGCCUCGGAGGCCAACUACCCUUACAAAGACGAAGACGGGACCUGCGACGCCGGAAAAUCGUCCAAGCCCACCGCCACCAUCGCGGGCUACAAGAACGUCGCCGUCAACAGCGAGCCGGCGCUUCAGGCGGCGGUCGCCAACCAGCCGGUGUCCGUCGCCAUCGACGCCGGCGGGUUCUCCUUCCAGAUGUAUUCCAAUGGUGUCUUCACCGGGGAAUGCGGGACUUCCCUCAACCACGGUGUCGCAACUGUCGGGUACGGCAAGGAAGCCGGCGACAAUUACUGGCUGGUGAAGAACUCCUGGGGAGGCGACUGGGGCGAAGGUGGCUACAUCAAAAUCAAGCGCGGCGUCAGUAAAGAAGGCCUCUGCGGGAUAGCCAUGCAGGCGUCCUACCCCUUCAAGUAG